ACGAAGCCAGAUAACGCAUGCUUUUGGCUGCCAAAUCUGAUUUCUCGUGUGUGGAAACUUAUUGAUCGGAAGGAAUCUUUAGAAAUGGAGGCAGUAAGCAAGAAGAAGGGUAAGGGUGAAGAUCCAGUGGACAAAAAGAAACUGCAGAAAUACCACCGAGGAAAGCAAAAUCGAUUCAAACAUGUAAAAGACAAGAAGUUGCGAGGCAAACUUAAGUCAUAAGAGUCACAACAUCAACAAGCAGCAAUACAGGCCGCUAGAUCAGAAAUUCUUCUAACAGAACAACCUGGGUUUUUGGAAGCAGAGGGUUUGGAGAAAACCUUUAAAUUCAAACAAAGAGAUAUUGCAAAUGCUGUUGAUGUUGCAAGUGCCAAGAAGUCUUUUGAGCUUAAACUGGAUACAUUUGGACCUUAUAGAGUAAAUUACACCCGUAAUGGAAGAUUUCUUCUUAUUGGUGGGAAGAAAGGUCAUCUGGCCACGGUGGACUGGGAGAACAAGAGACUUGGCUGUGAAUUCCAUGUACAAGAGACUGUGCGAGAUAUCAGAUGGUUGCAUAUUGAAACUAUGUUUGCAGUUGCCCAAAAGAAAAAUGUCUUCAUUUAUGACAAUAAUGGAAUUGAACUUCAUUGCCUUAGGAAUCACAACCAAGUUAACAGAUUAGAAUUUUUACCCUAUCAUUUUCUUCUGGCCUCAGUGGGUGACCAUGGAAUUCUCAAAUAUCAAGAUGUGUCUACAGGCAAAUCAGUCGUCGAAUUGUUUUCCAAACUUGGGAAGUGUGAUUGUAUGACGAAAAAUCCAUACAAUGCAGUCAUUCAUUUGGGACACUUCAAUGGCACAGUUACAAUGUGGGCCCCAAACACAAAAGAUCCUCUUGUUAAGAUGUUGUGCCACAGAGGACCUGUACAGUCUAUUGCUAUUGAUAGUACAGGAAAUUACAUGGCGACAUCUGGUCUAGAUGGAAAAAUGAGGAUCUGGGAUGUAAGAACAUAUAAGGAACUUCAAGCAUAUUAUACUCCAACCCCAGCAAGUUGUCUGACUAUAAGUCAACAAGGAUUGCUUGCUGUGGGUCAUGGACCCCAUAUUCAGAUAUGGCGGGAUGCUUUCACUCAAAAACAAAAAUCUCCCUACAUGUCUCAUAUGUUUCCAUCCUGUACUGUGCACAGCAUGCAAUUCUGUCCAUUUGAAGAUGUUUUAGGUGUGGGGCAUUCAAAAGGAUUUGGCAGCUUACUAAUACCAGGUGCUGGUGAACCUAAUUUUGAUGCAUUAGAAGCUAAUCCCUACCAAACCAAAAAGCAAAGACAGGAGUUCGAAGUCAAGGCCUUGUUGGAAAAGAUUCAGCCAGAGUUAAUAACAUUAAAUCCAAUGGAUAUCGUGCGUGUUAAUUAUCAAAAAAAGAGCACAAAUAUGAAUGACAAAGAUAAUGACGAUGAGGAGGAAUCGAAUGAGAAGUUUGAACCAAGGCACAAAAUGAAAGGUCGUAGCUCUUCAAGAAAGCAUCAUCUAAGGAAGAAGGGUCAUGCGGAACAAGAGAAGAAGGAAAAAGUAAGACAAGAAAUGCAGGAGAAAAGAAAAGAAAGAAGAACAGAUAAAAUGAAUGAAGAAAGAUCAGUACAGUCACUGUCUGCGUUAGAUAGAUUUCUGCACUCCAAAGCAAAGUAGUGUCAAUCAACAGAUAUGACUUAUCACUGGAACAUUUUGUUUUUGUAAAACAGUUAUUGUAUAAAAAUCGUUGCGAAUUCUAACCUUAAUAAAAGAAAUCACCUGAUCA